AUGGUUUCCCCAGACCCUCAAGUGACCGUGGUGGCCCCCGGGGCUGAACCCGAAUCUACGCAAGUCCAACGCAUAGAGGACGGGGGAACCAUUAUCCGGAUAUUUUGGGUGGGCCCCAAAGGCGAGCUGCUUAGACGCACCCCGGUGAGCUCGGUCAUGCAGUCAUCAUCAAUGGGGAUCUCAGCGGGGAAGUCGGUGCUGGCGCUUCUCACCUUCUUGGCCUUCGCCUCGUGCUGCUAUGCUGCUUACCGCCCCAGCGAGACCCUGUGCGGCGGGGAGCUGGUGGACACCCUCCAGUUUGUCUGUGGGGACCGCGGCUUCUACUUCAGCCGACCAUCCAGCCGCAUAAACCGACGCAGCCGUGGCAUCGUGGAAGAGUGCUGCUUCCGAAGCUGCGACCUGGCCCUCCUGGAGACUUACUGUGCCACCCCCGCCAAGUCCGAGAGGGAUGUGUCUGCCUCUACGACCGUGCUUCCGGACGACCUCACCGCAUACCCCGUGGGCAAGUUCUUCCGAUAUGACACCUGGAAGCAGUCCACGCAGCGCUUGCGCAGGGGCCUGCCCGCCUUCCUGCGAGCACGCCGGGGUCGCACGCUCGCCAAGGAGCUGGAGGCGCUCAGAGAGGCCAAGAGUCACCGUCCGCUGAUUACUCUGCCCACCCAGGACCCUGCCACCCACGGGGGCGCCUCUUCGGAGGCAUCCAGCGAUUAG